UCAAGGCCAGCCUGGUCUACAGAGCGAGACCCUGUCCUUCUGCUGACAUGAGGACAGAUGCCUUCUAAGAUGAUUCAGCUCUGCCCCCUGUGGCAUGAAGAAGAAGCUGAGUGCCCAGUGUCUGGCUUCUUGAGCAUGUGAAGGAACCCAGGCCAGUGGGGGCCUGGACUGUAACCUCCCACUCUGUGCGGCUUCAGGGGCUGUAGAGAGAACUCUGCUGCUGGCUGACUCCCAGGUCCUUCACAUCACUGGGUGGCCGACGGGGCAACAGGGAGCAUAGCUAAACCCUCCCAGGGCUGGGGAGGCAAGCAGCACCACCUCCAGGGAGCCCUCCUGACAGCCCUGGCCAGUUAUGGUGAUCUCCACAAGAGUGAGUGGUACUGAGAUGCCACCCCUCUUACUAACUUGUCUCCGUCCUUGGAUGAUCACCGAGUCCUGAUCCUGGUACCACUGGGUGUAUCCUUUGUGCCUUGUGUUUGUAAAGCGAGCUUGCUGGUAACGGUCAUUUAAAGGAGUGGGCGAGGGCCUGAGUCCUCUCUCCCUCAGGAGGCAAGGCCCUCAAGGGUUAACCAGGAGCCUGCCUGCAGUCUGAGGUAGGCAGGGAGCGUAUUUGUUCAGGUAAAUAAGGAAGGAUUACUUAUAAUGGGAAACCUGGCGGGCCAACUCCGUGUCUUACUUCUGACUUCCUUCCAGUGCAUUCCUGCACUCCGACUGCUGUCCAUUCCACCUCCCACUCCCACUCCUGGCUGCUGCUGCGCCCCCCGCCCCCGUCAACACCCCAGCUUAGGCCUCGUCAUGGUGCCAGCAGGUGACCCUGAGCCUCCAACAGGGGCCUGCCUGUAGACCCUCAGGCCUGAGACCUCAGACUGCCCCUUGAGGGUGGAUAGGCCCUGGUGGCCCACUGGAGGGUCACCUCUGCCACAGCCCCACUGGCCCCACAGAUGUCUGACUGAGACGCAGCAGCGGUUGGAACUGCCCACUGCCUCCUCCUGGUUCCUGAAGUUUGUGCUACAGAGGACAACUCAGUGGACACCAGGCAGCUAACGGGAGCCUGCAGGACUCUGCUGGAAAGUGGGAAAGGCUGGGCACUGAGCAAGGGACACAGCCACAAGACUCAGCGGCAGCAUGGGCAGUGCCAGUCCGGGCCUGAGCGUUGUGUCCCCUGGUUGCCUGCUGCUGUCCCCAGAUGUGGCACUGCGGACAGGUGUGGAGAAGGCGGCGGUGGAAUCAGUGGUCCCUGAGAAGCGGGAAUGGAGCCCCAGCCCACCCGCCACCCCUGAGCAGGGCCUGUCUGCCUUCUACCUCUCCUACUUCAACAUGUACCCCGAGGAUGGCAGCUGGGUAGCCAAGGUCCCCGCGGCCAGCGCCAGGGAGGAACCGCUGGAGGAGCCUGAGCAGUGCCCGGUCAUUGACAGCCAGGCCUCUGGGAGCAGCCUGGAUGAACACUCACUAGAGCAGGUGCAGUCCAUGGUGGUAGGCGAGGUCCUGAAGGACAUCGAGACGGCGUGCAAGCUACUCAACAUCACAGCAGACCCUGGGGACUGGAGCCCUGGCAAUGUGCAGAAGUGGCUGCUGUGGACAGAGCACCAGUACCGGCUGCCUCCAGCAGGCAAGGCCUUCCAGGAGCUGGGCGGCAAGGAACUGUGUGCCAUGUCGGAGGAGCAGUUCCGUCAGCGUGCGCCCUUGGGUGGGGACGUGCUGCAUGCCCACCUGGACAUCUGGAAGUCAGCGGCCUGGAUGAAGGAGAGGACCUCGCCCGGGGCCCUUCACUACUGCGCCUCCGCCAGCGAGGAGGGAUGGACAGAUGGCGAGGUGGAUUCGUCGUGCUCUGGGCAACCCAUCCACCUGUGGCAGUUCCUCAAAGAGCUGCUGCUCAAGCCCCACAGCUAUGGCCGCUUCAUCCGCUGGCUCAACAAGGAGAAAGGGAUCUUCAAAAUUGAGGACUCUGCCCAGGUGGCCCGGCUGUGGGGUGUGCGCAAGAACCGGCCUGCCAUGAACUAUGAUAAGCUAAGUCGCUCCAUCCGCCAGUAUUACAAGAAGGGGAUCAUCCGCAAACCUGACAUCUCUCAGCGUCUCGUCUACCAGUUCGUACAUCCCGUCUGAGAGCCGCAGAGGCCAGAGGCCUACCGCCUGUCCCAGACAGUCACUCUCCUCCUGGCCCGGGCUCAGCCCAAUCUGAAUCCAGGGGCUGCUGGCAUCCCAGAAUCCAAGGUCCCAGAGAGACAGUCCUAGAUCAGUAUCUAGGGAUGCGUGUGAACUAUCUGAGUCUCUGCUCAAGGACAAGAGGCCCUGGAGGGUCAAGGGAGCUAGGUCUGCUCCCAAGUAGAGAACCCCCACCCCCAGGCUUGGACUGUGGGAUUCAACCAAGGCAAUUCACAGGAUGGUGAUGUCACUGUUUUCUACUCCUGCAACCCAUCCUGUACCAUGACUGGCACAGUACUAAGAGAUGUCUGCAACCUGUGUUGGGGAGCCAGGAGUGCCCUAGGAAUGGUUAAUAAAGAUACAAGAUGA